AUGUGCUAAUGUAACACUCAUAUCUGAGAUAGUGAAAGGACCUCCACCAGACUUGCAGCAAUUAUCAAGAAAGAUCCAAACUAUUAUGGAAGAACUCGAGAAACUUCAGAAUUAUUGGGAUACCAGCAUGCAGUUUUUGCAGGCUUCAUACGACUAAAAAUUACAAGAAAUACGUCAAACACGCCAGAAAAUGAAUGUUAUUUUAGACAAUAUUGAACAAAGAACUAUGAAAUAGCUAGCUGAUAAGAUGAUCAGUCUAAAAUCUUCUCUCAAGACUGAUGCGGACAAUUGCAGCAAGCUUAAAAGUGACCUAAAACAACUCAGUGGCGCAAUUCAUGAAAUUGUUGACAAAGGCAAAGCAGAACUCAGAUUUAUUUUGCAAGUAAGAAAUGUCUGGAAAAGGUUAAGCAAUCUGAAACUUAUAUGAAGGAAAACUCUGUUCAGGUAGAAAGUUCACUGAAUUUCCAGGCUGACAGUGACGUUCUACAGUACUUGUCUGGUUUAGGGAGGAUUGUGCUCAAUACCAAAGCAUUGUCGGUGCUAGACCAGGUUUUCAUUUUGCAAGGAAAGUCUGAGUAUAAUGUGAGAAUAACAAGUGAUUCAGAGAAAACCUGCCAUAUCACUGCCAUUUGUGUUCUCUGUGAUGAUCAGACACUUGUUGCAGAUACUUAUAAUAGACGGAUUAAGCCACUCAAUCAUAAAUACUAGGUGGAGGAUCAUUGUGACUAAAUUGGUUAUCCAUGGGACAUUUGUCAAAUCACACCAAGUGAAGUAGCUGUUACUCUGGCUCAUGAUCUUCCUGACACACAUGAGGUCCAGUUUGUCUGUGUCAAUGGUGGGCAGCUUGUUAAGGGCAGCAAGUUACAGUUCCAACAUGCGUGCCAUGGUAUUGCUCAUAAUCUGCAAGACCAGGGGUCCGUCUUAUCAAAGAUCGUACGACAUUGUUAACUUACGAUUGAAUUUUGUAAUUUAAAAAUAUAAGUGAUUAUGAUCUGUGUGUUUCAAAUAUAGAGGAUAUUUGACAGCUACUUUGGAAAUGAAUGGAAAUAUUCAACAAAAGUAGUUAUAAAUGUGACGGUUACAUAUUUAUGGCGCUUCGAAAAUUGCAUCGUAAGGUGAGAAUGUCGUACGAUGUUUGAUAAAACGGGCCCCUGUAUCUCACCUCUUGCACUGCACUUUACAAGUAUUCAAUGAGUGGAGACCUGUUGAAUAAGUUGUAUGAAGAUCAACGAGGUUUUGACACAGUUUUUAAGUGUGCAGUGAGUUCUUCAGGUGACAAGAUAUUUGUCCUCAACCGUUUCCAACACAAGGUCCUCACAUUGGCCAGAGAUGGCACAGUUCUUCACACCUUCACAGAUCCAGACCUAGAAUUUCCAUGGGGUGUACAUGUCACUGCUCUGGGACAGGUGCUGAUCUGUGGAAGUGCGUCCCUAACUAUUCUACAGCUUGAUAGUGAAGGCAAGAAGAAGCUGGAAACACUUGUUACUGAAAGGGAUGAAAUUCAUCAACCAUGUUCAGUCUACUACAAUAGGAUCACAUCAUCCAUCAUUGUGGGACAAUGGUAUCGCAACAACAUCCAUGUGUUUCAAGUAAAAUAGUUUUGUUUGACAAGUUUCAGUACUAACAUUUUGGUACAUGUACUUUGAACAAAAUCUUGGCCACACCAAAUUUGUUUUUAGUGUUACGUUUCAUCACAUAAUUCACACGGAUGAUUUAUUGUCUUGCUUACUAAGGUCACACCACCAAAAUUGAAGAUUUGUUCUACGGAUUUUAGCCUGCCACAAAUGGAGCGAGCGAGCGAAAUACAAAUAAAUUAAUUUUUAUUCUAUUGUUUUUUAAAUCACAUGCGAACGAAAAGCAAACCUUUAAAAAAAUACAUAUAUUGUUGAUAUAUUUUGCCAAAUAAAUGCACGAUAUCUGCAAAAUACCA